UGCUACUACUUCCUGGUGUCUCCUUUGUAGUUUCUGUCAGUAGCAACAUCCAGGGGUCGUGAGGUUUUCUUUUGUUGUUUGUUUGUUUGUUUUCCACACAGCAAAUUUAUUUUUGCAAUUUCAAUUUGCACUAUUGCUUAAUGAUCGCACACCUUGGGGGAAAGUGAUAUGCUUUUAGUCAGCGAAAUAUCUUAUGUUUGCUCAUCCCCAGAGCAUAAAUAAUGUCAAAAUGAGUUUUCACCUCGUUUCUGACUUAAAAAACACCCUUGUUCGGUUCAAAGUUCUAAAAAACGUUCACUUGUUUAUUCAUUUGAAUGUGUUUGUGCACAACAUACUAUGACGAUUAAGUGCAGGUCAGUGGACAGACACUGCUAACCAACAGGCUUAUGGUUCAAUAAACAGCUUUAAUCCAUCCGUCAGGUGUGUGUUUUUAUGUUUUUUGUUUCAGACCUCAGUCAUCAUUUGCCGUCAGCCUCAAGCCCACAGCUGUGAAGGACUCAUGUUUCCACCCGUCCAGUUUGAAGUGUUAUCGGUGUGCAGCAGCAGCAGCAGCUGCUCGGUCAUUUAUUAAUCUGUGGGUGAUAAAAGCAGGUAAGAACCCUCAGACUGUCGUCAGAUUCCUGCGGCAGAACUCAGAAAAACUCCAGCUGACAUCCAUCACAGUUUUACAUCCCAGCAGCAGCAGCAGCACAACUCUGGAUAUGAAGCUGCUGUCAGCUCUUCUCCUCCUGCUGGUUCCUCUGUUGGCCAGCUGUUUUACGGACUGCAGCGACAUUUUUCGUCAGAAUCCCAGCAAUCCCAGUGGUGUUUACACCAUCUAUCCCAACGGAUCCACAUCUGGUGUCCAGGUUUACUGUGACAUGGACUCACAUGGAGGACGAUGGACCGUGUUCCAGAGAAGGAUGGACGGCACGGUAAAUUUCUACAGGAACUGGAAUGACUACAAGUUGGGCUUUGGGAACGCAGAUGGAGAGUACUGGCUUGGUUUGGAGAACAUCUACUUCCUCACUCAGCAGAAACAGCAAGAGCUGGUAGUGGACAUGGAGGACUUCGAAGGAAACAAGGUGUACGCUCGUUACACCUCGUUCAGUGUGGGCCCUGAGUCCGAUGGGUAUCGUCUACAAGUGGGUGAUUACAUCGACGGAGGAGCAGGAAGCACUCUGGGGCGUCAUAAUGGACAACAGUGGCAGACUUUUGAUCGUUAUCAGCACGCCGGGCCGGAAAACUGUGCAAGGUUAUUCCUGGGAGCUUUCUGGUACUGGAGGUGCUACUAUGGAAACCCAAACGGGGUCUACAUCUGGGGCGCUAAUGGCUCUAAAUAUGAGGUUGGAGUAAUCUGGUACAACUGGAAGGCCUCGCAGAAUCAGCCCACCUAUUCCCUGAAGGCCAUCAGCAUGAAGAUCCGCCCUGUUCAGUAAAUCAGCAGCUCAAAACUCCAGCAGGAAGCUGCCGAAUCCAACAUGAAUAUUUGGCAAUAAAGGUCGAACAGAUCA